AUGUUCUCGACCAGAGGGGUACUCCUUUUGCUGUCCUUGAUGGCUGCCGUAGCGGCAUUCGGGCUUUUUUCAAGACCGGCUCCAAUCACUCGAGAUACUAUCCGACCACCACGUGCCAAACACGGAUCGCUCAAAUUAUGCCCACCAGGAGGUGCUUCAUUCCUCGACGCAUUCAAUCUGAUCUGCCCAAUGCGACGACGCCGUAGGAGUGUAUCAGAAAACUACAAUGAUGGUGGUGGUAGUCUUCUGGGCAGAACAAUGAACAUGUGCUGUGAGACUGGUUGUGAAUUCACCGACAUCUUUGCCAUCUGCAACCCAUUCGGAUGA